GUACCCAUAAAACUCAGCCAAACAUUUUACAGGAUACAUACCGACUGUAGUCCCUCACAGCUGGGGGAACCAGAAUCUCUUUCCUGGUCCAUCUUCCAUCUCUGUCUUUGACGUUCCUGCCAGCCGUGUCCCCUGCAUGUGCUGAGUGCAAAGCAGAACACAGACAGACGUCCCUGGUGUCUCUCCACUGGACAGAAAGGACAGAGUCCUUCCGGAUCCAGCGGAUGCUGCCACGCUCUGACUUCCUGUCCAAUGCAUUUUCAGUUGUUUUUGGGAACCCUUUUCUGUUUGCUUUGAUUGUGCCACAUGCCCAGAUUUUCUUUUCGAGGAGGUCAGCAAAGAGGGCUGGACUUGUGUAAAAGUUGUUUACAUACAGCUUGUAUCCAGACCCCAAGUUUUUGUAUUCAAAAGCUUUUGUACUGCGUCAUGGGUUAAGCCUUUGUCUCCAUUGGGUGAGUCAAGGUUCCAGGUGUUUUCAUUGCCCCCUGAGGUCAUUCAUUUUACAGCCGUUACUAAAACAUCAGGGUGAAACAGUCACAACCUUCACUCAGAGAGUUUAGUCCACUUGUUCACUAGAAGCUAAAGAAACAAUGGCUCCAAAGAAACCAAAGAUGGAAGAAAGCAAUCAAGAUAUACGAGACUUUCUCACAAAGCAACAUGAUGUUCCUGGUAGUUCCAGCAGCAGAAACAGAAAAAAACCUAAAGUUUCAGAGAAUGAGAUGAAUCCAACAAAGGUGAAGAAAGAAGAUGGGACUGCAGAGCUGGAUGACCAUAAUCAUAACUUCAUAGUCAAAUUUGGUUCAGAUGGUAGAGAACACAUGGUUUACUGUAAGAAACCAGGAACUGUUCUUCAGACAAUAAAAUCAGAGAAACCCAAAGAAUAUAACAAAUAUAUAAAGAAAUCACAGAAAACAAAAAUAUCAGACGAAAACAUCAUCAUUAGAUCAGGUAAAGGAAAUAAUUCCCACAUUGUUGCAACACAUUUUCCUUGUUCUUGUGUGAAGGACGAAGAGACUCUCACAAUAACUACAUCAGCUAAAGUUGUUGAGAAACAGCCAGAAGAGGCCAGAGCUCUCCUAAAGGGAAAGUAUUUUGUUUUCUUCAUAGAUAAAGAAGGAGGAGAAAACACCAAAACUAAAACAAAUCUCAUUUUUAGAUGUAACAGCAUUCUUACGCGAUUUAGGUAUUUCUGUGUUUAUGGGGCAAAAGGGAUGACAGUGGAAGAUGUUUUAAGACGGGACGGUCGCUUUGUUGACGUUCUCACAAACUUCACUUUGUCUGAAGCCGAGGCUGAAGCCCUUACAAACUCUACAGAAAUAGUUGACAACCUAGAUGGGAAGAAAUUCCAAAUAAAUCUUCCGAAGGAAGAAAAAAUAAAAGCAACAAAUCCAUCACAAGUAGUUCAAGAGCAAGACCCAAAACAACAGACCAGCCAUGAGCAGCAGCAGGAGGGAGAUGCUUCUGGAUCAACCAAAGUACAGAAGACGAGUGAAACUGUAACAGUUCUAGAGCAUGCAAGACAAAAGGGUGUCAGUAUAAAGGCAGCAACAGAAGAAUUAAAGAUUCAAAUUGACCUUAAUGAGAUCAAUGACCUUCUGCGGAACCAGUUUCCACAACUGAAAGACUGGAUGGAGAGGAGAUUUACUGGUCGUUCCUUUGAGAAAACCCUGAAACUGAAAAAGGAGAACUUUGGAAAGAUCCAGAAUUCCUUUAGUGAAGUUCACACUGUGAGAGAGCUGCUGGAGCUCAGCAAGUCCAUUUGUCUUUUGAUCAUAGAGGAGAAGAAUAAUUCAGGUUUAACUGAGCUAAAGAAAAGUGUGCAGGGCACAGGCUUUGUUCUGUUUGACAACUUUGUUCUAACCAAUGCCCACUUGUUUAAACCUUGGGUGGAAAUAUAUAACUGGAGGAACUAUUUGAAUAUUACUGCAGAGUUAAACUUUGAAAAUAAACCAGGGAUGAAAUAUCAGGCUACACUAGUUGGUGGAACUCAUGAUUUAGAUUUUGCUCUGUUAGAGCUCAUCCAAAUCCCUGAUCUAAAAGAGCUAAAGGAAAAACACCCAGGUCUCCUGAAGAUAUUUGGUCCAGUACCUCUACCUGUUUAUGAUAGUGGGGCUUGUAUUAUUGGUCAUCCAGCAGGAGGAGUGAAGAAAAUGGACAUUACAUGUAUCAUCAGGAACAAGGACACGGAGCAGAGGGUCGAGGAGAAUUUAGUGUCCUAUGAACCUUUUAUUGUCUGCUCAACUAAUUAUCAGAUCAAAAGAGAUCCCUCUGCAGAGAAGUGUGUGACCUACAACAGCUUCAUGUAUCAUGGCUCCUCUGGCUCCCCAGUGUUUGAUGCUUUUGGACGGGUGUUUGGUUUGCACUCUGGUGGAUUUUUCUAUGACAAGGUAAUUCCUGGUCACAGUGUUAUGGAGUUUUGCUACCCACUGCUUGAUGUAUUCAAAAAGCUUCUGGAAGAACUCCAUAAAGCUGGUAGGGAGGAUUUGUUGGAGAGAAUUAUGAAUGAAGCACAGGGAAACGGAUACCUUGAGGAGAUCAUUGUUGGACUGAAACAAACUAAAGAUCAGGCUCUCUGUGUGGAAAAUCAGAGAACAGAUGAAACAGGAGAACAAUUUAUUCCUGAGGAGGAAAUGGAGCAAAGUUAGUGUUUAAAUUAGAUGUCAAGAGAAAUAGCAUAUUUUUUACGGUAAAUGUUAUGUUUUAUAUCACAUGUGUCAAACUCAAGGCCCGCGGGCCACAUGUGGCCCGCUACGUCAUUUUAU